GCGAAUACGGCAUGUUUGUUGCGUGAUAUUGUAUUUUUUUUUUUUUUAUAAUUUAAAGAGCCGUCACCAAAUAAUUGCAACAGGUGCAAUUGCUGCUGUGGUCAUGGGUGAAGUCAAGGACUGGCGGCCGUUUGUUUAUGGCGGUCUAGCAUCCAUAACAGCCGAAUUCGGCACGUUUCCCAUUGACACCACAAAGACCCGUCUUCAAAUUCAAGGGCAGAAAAUCGACCAGAGCUUCUCGCAGUUGCGAUACCGUGGCAUGACCGAUGCGUUUGUCAAAAUAUCAAGGGAGGAGGGACUGCGCGCAUUAUAUUCUGGCAUUUGGCCCGCAGUGCUGAGGCAAGCCACAUACGGCACUAUCAAAUUCGGCAGCUAUUAUACCCUCAAGAAGCUGGCUAACGAACGUGGUUUGCUGACGAAUAACGACGGCAGUGAACGUGUUUGGAGCAACAUCAUUUGUGCGGCGUCAGCCGGUGCUAUCUCAUCUGCUAUAGCGAAUCCUACCGAUGUGCUCAAGGUGCGUAUGCAGGUGCACGGCAAGGGCACCGAUGCACUGGGUCUGUUCGGCUGCUUCCGGGAGAUCUACAAAUAUGAGGGCGUGCGUGGACUGUGGCGAGGUGUGGGGCCCACGGCGCAGCGGGCAGUGGUCAUAGCAUCUGUUGAGCUGCCCGUCUAUGACUUUUGCAAGCUGCAGCUAAUGAGCGCCUUUGGUGAUCACGUCGCUAAUCAUUUUAUUUCGAGCUUUAUUGCUAGCUUGGGCAGCGCCGUUGCCUCGACGCCAAUAGACGUUAUUCGGACACGCCUCAUGAAUCAAAGGCACGUGACAAUGCUGAGUGGUGGCAUAGCCACGGCAGCUGCCCCAACACCGAAACUGUACAAUGGAAGUCUGGACUGUGCUGUGCAGACGAUUCGAAACGAGGGACUUUUCGCGUUAUACAAGGGCUUCAUACCCACUUGGGUGCGAAUGGGUCCUUGGAACAUCAUCUUUUUCAUCACGUACGAGCAAUUGAAGAAAUAUUAGCAUCCCAUCGCAGAUCAAGAGACAUCAUGUACAAGAUGUAUUUAGCAUUGAAACCAAAAACAUAUAUUUUAUAAUAGGCAAACAAUUGAAAUGAAAUCAAUCCAGGGAGUAGUCACUUAAGUGCCUGUUGCAUCACGACUAUCUAAUAGCCGACAAGGACCUCCAAGCUUAUGUAGGGUAAUAGUCACGAAAAUUUGCAUGAUUCUUUAUAUGAAGAUGCGCAUUUAAAGUAUUUGCAAUUUAAAAUAAGCUUUUGUUGAAGCUAUAUGCAUCCUCUAGUCCCUAAAAUGCUUUUCUAUUUCUUGCAUUUCCUGUACUCAACUGAGUGUCCAAGUCAAUAUCAAUAUUUUAAUUGCAUUUGGUUGAACGCAUUUGGGAACUUGUUGUUCUUAACUUACGAAAAUGUGAC